CGUCAACGAGCGAGCAUCGAGGCUCCGGGUGGUCCAUCGAUCGUGCAAAAGCUGUCAUAGCUGAAAUGGAAAAGCCAUCUAGCUCAUCGUCAGAUCACAAUGUCAAACUCUCAUUUACACAAGGACUGUUGGUUGGCCAACUCUCCGUCGUUCUCUUAAUCGGCGCAUUCAUCAAGUUCUUCAUCUUUGGUGAAGCUUCUCCCUCUUCCUCCCGGAGCCAGACUCGUCGAACUAGCCCUCACAAACGGUCGUAUUCCAUAAGUGGAGCAAGGGAUCUUGGUUCUCGAUCGCUGAAAGAGAAGCCGUCCUCCAACGUCUUACGGCCGGUACCGUCCUCAUCUACCAAUACUCGAUCGAUCCUCCGGAAGACGUAUUACAGUGCCAAUCCCACCAAUUUCACCUCAAAACAUGGCCGCCAUAGGCCUCACCAUUCUACACAUCAACCGGAGUCGCUGGAUUGGUUUAAUGUCCUGAUAGCGCAAACCAUCGCUCAGUACCGUCAAACCGCUUAUAUCCUUAAAGAUUCUCCGACCUCCUCUAUACUCGAGUCGCUUGCUACAACGCUCAAUAAUCCGGAGAAAAAGCCGUCAUUUAUCGAUGAUAUUACAGUAACAGAUAUAUCCCUGGGAGAGGAAUUCCCGAUAUUUAGCAAUUGCCGGGUUAUUGCAAUCGAUGACCCGAGUUCGGACGGUGGCCGCCUGCAGGCACUUAUGGAUGUCGACCUGAGCGAUGAUAACCUUUCUUUGGCUAUUGAAACGAACCUGGUUCUUAAUUACCCAAAACCUUAUUCGGCGAUCUUGCCUGUUGCCCUGUCAGUUUCUGUCGUGAGGUUUUCAGGGACACUAUGCAUAUCGUUUGUUCCGGGCACCACGCAAACUUCGACCCAUUUAGCCACAUCACCAUCAAAUAUCGAUCCUACCUUACAGACCAAUGAUUAUUCCGGGGCAAAUAGACGUGGCAACCGUCGUCAAGAGCGGACAGAUACCGAGCAAGUGACGCAGGCUAACAACGCUGGCACGACGGGCAUUCCCAAAACCAGCUUAGCAUUUUCUUUUCUCCCGGAUUAUAGACUUGACCUUUCUGUCCGCUCCCUUAUUGGUUCGCGGAGCCGCCUUCAAGACGUGCCGAAGGUUGCUCAGUUGGUGGAAGCUCGCGUGCAGGCAUGGUUUGAAGAAAGGGUUGUUGAGCCACGAGUCCAGGUCGUUGCCUUACCGGGUAUCUGGCCUAGAAUGGGCCGGACCGGGGUUAGAGGACAGGAGGAGCAACAAGAAGUGGGCUCCAGUGGGAAUGCGGGGGUAUCCACUGCUAACGUUAGCAUGCUGGGAGCCCGCGAUGCUGGGGCUGAAGGGUCGCAUGCCACGAGGGACGCUGAUGUGGAAGGUCUUAGAUAUCGCCGGAAUGCUUCUCCGGGCGAUGAGACUUCUGGUGUCAGAUAUUCACCCCAAAAUCAGGAUAGUCGAGAGCAAGCCUGUGAAUCUAUCGCCUCCCAAGGAAUGUAUGGGGAGUCAGGAUAUUUCGGAUCUAGGUAUUGAAAAGUAAUUAUGACAACUGUGCACACUCAUUUUGACGAGAAUAUGAUCUUAAAACUAUGGUGUUC